UGGUCCCCAGCAUCUGAGCCAACGCCCCCGCUGGCUGCACAGGCUCUGCCGGUGGCACAGACAUCUCGCCGCGCUGAGUGCCGGCUGGGUGCCAGUGUAACAGGUGACCUGUCUGUAGGUCCACUCAAUGACCACGGCAGGCUGGCAGUAUCAAACGGACUUUAUUCACUGGCUGACUCGCCAACACAAAAUAUAACAGUCUCUCACUUAUGCCUGGCGCUCCACCGGACUUCGUCCUGUAAACAGUCUCCAAGUUAUGCCCGGUGCUCCACAGGACCUCGCCCGGUAAACUGUCCUCCACUCGUGGGUCAUCACCAGCCCACCUCCUCUCCGUCUGUGUCCUUUUUUCUCCUCCCCUUCAGCCUGCUACUGCGGAGAGAAUCAGAUUUCUUUAAAAAGGAUCAGUUAUUCGUAAUCCUGGAGUUUGAUUUUGGAGGCGUCGACUUGGAGAACAGCAAUGGAACGUUUGCAUCUUUAAGGGUGGCAAAGAGCAUCCUUCACCAAGUUACUGCUGCCUUGGCUGUUGCUGAGCAGGAGCUACACUUUGAACACAGGGACCUCCACUGGGGCAACGUGUUGGUAAAAACAACCAAGCAGAAGACAGGGAGCUUCCUUCUAAAUGGAACAGCCCACUCUGUGGAAACCAAGGGGGUGCUGGUCCACAUCAUUGACUAUUCACUGUCCAGACUAGAAAUCGAUGAUCUGACGGUGUCCUGUGAUAUUUCAAAUGAUGAGGACCUCUUCCUGGGCCAGGGCGACUACCAGUUUGAAGUCUACAGACUGAUGAGAAAGGAAAAUGGAAACAACUGGAGCGACUACCACCCCCGUACCAACGUGCUGUGGCUCCACUACCUGUGCUCCAAGCUGCUUUCAAUGAAGUACCGGGGCACUGGAGGGAGGAGCGCCAAGGACAUGCGAGAGGAGCUCACUGGUUUCUAUGACAACGUUCUCCAGUACAGCUCUGCCACAGAGGCGCUGCAGAACUGCCCCAUGUUUCAGUAGUAUGUGAGUGCUGAACAAAUUAGGUGUGAGAAGGCUCAUAUAGUUGUUUUGUUUUGUUUUUAGUAUGAAGAAGGUGCAAUGCAUUUGGGUCAUCUGAUUUCAGCUUCCUUCACUCUGCAGUACGUUUGUCUGCUUUAUUAAACUCAGGCUUGUAAAGACGAUUAUUGAUCCUACUGGCAGAGAUGAAGGUUCUUUAGAGAGCCAUGUACAAAGAGCUGUCUUCUUAUGAAAGUUAUUAAAAUGACUGCCUGAAAACAAUGUAUUUGUGUAUUUAUGGAGCUUGUUUUUCGCUGUUUAUUUUGCUGAGUUAUGCAUGUUAAAUAGAAAGGCAGAAAAAAGUGUUUUUAAUACAUUUUGGUGGUGGAUUUUUGUAGAUCUUUGUAACGGUAUUGUGCUAAAAAUUAGUUUUGGAAUGGUGGACGUUAAUCACCAACUCUUAUAACUCAUCUAUUCAGCAAAAAUGUUUAAUAUUCUCUGGUUGUAGCUUCUCAGAUUUGCUGCUUUCUGAUGCAGGUUGAAAGAGGAAUUUUAAGACGUCGCCUUUGGCUGUGGAAAAUGGUGAUUAUUUUCUGAAUUUUAAUGGGCGGGAUGAUUAAGCCAUUAGCUAUUUUUUUAAUUAGCUAAUAAUGAAAACGAUCAUUUCAUCGAGAACCGAGCUGCAAAGACUGCACGUGAGGAAAUUAGGUUAGAAAAACAGAGCAGGCAAGAUCUGGUCAUAUGAAACUCCAAAUAAUCUGUUGAAUCAGAUCUUUAAAAAAAUGUCAAAAUGGGGGAUCUGCUGUCCAAUGUACAGGUGAAGCAGGCAAGUUUACAUUUUUUAAAAUAGAGAUGUGAAUGUUGCUAUUUUGCAAGAAAACUUUGAAACGUUACAGCCUCCCUGCUUGAGAUCGAUGGAGUUUAUCUUAUUUGAAGAUUAAACAAUAUGAUGGUAUUAAAGUCCUGAGACUAUAAAUUUGCCAACUGACAGACUUGUUCCUCUUAAAAAAUGUUUUCAGUGACUUUUGGUUGCUCUUAAUGAUCUUAAUUCGUAGCAUUUUGCAUUUGUUUCAUUCUUUUUGUCUUGCUUCUAGUAUUUUGUGUUUAGUUUGUGUUGAUUUUAAACUUUUUAAUCCUGUUUUCAGUCUUGCUUUUUUGCACAUGUAUUUGUCGUUGCCUUACUUAUGUCGCACAUCGGUCAACUGUGGGUGAUCUAAAAUGUGCUGAUAGAGAUUUUGUUUGACAGAUGUUAGCCAAUAAAAAUGAUAUACAUUUA